AUGUCCACUAUUCGUGUGUCUGUUGCCCAAGUGAGUGCAUACAAGUUUGAAUUGGAACCUACCAUGACGAAACUGGAAUCUUAUGUUAAACAAGCUCGUGAACAAAACAGUCGCUUGGUUGUCUUUCCUGAAGCCUUCAUUGGUAGGCACCCUAAACAUAGUACCUUUGGCACGGUGUUUGAAGGAAGUUCUCCGGAAUAUGCUAGGUAUCACAAACAUGCUAUUGCUGUGCCUGGUCCUGUCACUGAUCGACUGGUGACUUUGUCCAAAGAAAAUGAUAUCCUUCUUGUUGUGGGUGUCGUCGAACGUGACAAAUUGACAGACACUUUGUAUCGUAGUACUGUGUAUAUUGAUCCUGAUGAAGGAUAUAUUGGCAAACAUAAAAAAUUUAUAGCCUCAAGUUCGGAUCGAGCAAUAUGGGGUGAAAUUGCUGAUAGCUCAACUUUACCAGCGAAUCGAGAUGGACAUCGUAUUUCUACCGUGAUCUGUUGGGAAAACUACAUGCCAGUAUUGCGUACUUUUAUGUACAGUCAAGGAGUACAACUGUAUUGUGAACCUACUGUGGAUCAUCGUGAUAUUUGGCAAUCGAAUAUGCAACGUAUCGCUUUGGAAGGUCAAUGCUUUGUCUUUGCUACUUGUCAAUUCACACGUCAAAAGGAUUAUCCUGAAGGUCAUGCUGGAAACGACUCGGAUGGCGGUGAUCCUGAAGCUCCUCAUUCACUUGAUGGUAGUGUAAUCAUCUCCCCUCUUGGUACUAUCUUGGCUGGCCCUCUCCGUGGAGACGAAGGUUUGCUCACUGCUGAUAUCGAUAUGGAAGAAACAACUUAAAGUAAAAUUGGAUCUUGAUCCUACUGGCCAUUACACCCGUCCUGAUGUCUUCAAAUUGGUUGUCAACCAAACUUCCAAUUCAUCCACUUAGAUUAGCUUUUUCUUGAUUAUUAUUAUUCUUUUUAUU